AUGGCUUCCCAAUCAGAGAGCAAUGAGACUCCCACCGAGGGUCACAGCAACGUCCUAAGUCGCGCCCUCACCCGCCUAUCUUCGAUCGCCCGAACGAGCACCAUCCCGGAAAACGAGGAAUCAAUUGGCAAUGACCUGGAUUGGGCGAAAAUGCCUGAGGUGCAGAUGCUUGAGCAGGCGCUCGGGAAAAACACCCCUGUACACAGAAAACUGGGAUUGACGUGGACAAACCUUACUGUUUCUGGUCUCGGAGCGGACAGCUCUUUCCAUGAGAACGUGGUCUCGCAGUUUCUCCCGGCAAGAUUGAAAGGAGGCAAUACGACACCGACCAACAAGACGAUCCUCAGCAACAGCCAUGGCUGCGUGAAACCGGGAGAAAUGCUACUUGUCCUUGGCCGACCGGGGGCUGGCUGCUCCACAUUACUCAAUGUUCUGGGCAAUCAACGAGACGGCUACACUCAGAUUGAAGGACAAGUCAAGUACGGUUCAAUGGACCACAAAGAAGCAUUGAAGUAUAGAGGCCAGAUUAUCACCAACUCUGAGGACGAUAUCUUCUUUCCAACCCUGACCGCCGCGCAAACGAUGGACUUCGCAGCCCGAAUGAAGGUGGCGAAUCAUACGCCGUCUGGACACAAAUCCCGCGAGGAUGCGAGGAUAGUUACGCGGGACUUUCUAUUCCAGCUAUUAAGCAUCUCUCAUACGGCAAAUACACGUGUAGGCAACGAGUUCAUUCGCGGUGUUUCCGGUGGUGAAAGGAAACGCAUCAGCAUCAUAGAAGCCAUGGCAACUCGUGGCAGUAUUUACUGCUGGGACAAUCCAAGCAAGGGUCUAGAUGCGAACACUGCGCUUCAAUACGUCAAAGUUGUCCGCCAAAUGACAGAUCUAUUUGGUCUGGCUUCUGUUGUUACCCUUUACCAAGCCGGCAACGGUAUCUACGAGUUGUUUGACAAGGUGCUCGUGCUCGACCAGGGAAAGCAGAUCUAUUAUGGCCCUAUGAAGGAAGCACGGCCAUUCAUGGAGCAGCUGGGGUUUAUUUGUGCAGAUGGCGCAAACAUUGCUGAUUUCCUGGCGGGAGUUACAGUGCCGACAGAGCGGAAGAUUCGUGAGGGCUAUGAAGCCACCUUUCCCCGGACUACGGACGAAAUUCUAAAACGCUACGACACCUCGGACAUCAAACACCGAAUGCAAAUUGAAUACGACUACCCAGCUACCGAGGAGGCAAAGAACAAUACUUCGGAGUUUCAGCGCACAAUCCGGGAAGAGAAACACCCUGGUGUCUUGACAAAGCGGUCACCGGUCACUGUCGGAUUCCGUACGCAGCUCACUACAUCUAUUCAACGACAGUAUCAGAUAAUUCGCGGCGACAGUGCUGUUCUAUUCAUUAAACAAGGCACAAAUCUUAUCCAGGCUUUAACAUCAGGCUCCUUAUUCUACAAUGCCCCCGAUACCUCUACCGGAAUUUUUAUUAAGUCCGGUGGCAUAUUCGUUGCCCUCCUUUUCAACUGCCUUGUGGCACAAUCAGAGGUAACAGACUCUUUCUUCGGGCGGCCUGUUCUGGCGAAGCAUCGGAAAUUUGCACUGCAUCACCCAGCAGCCUUGUGUUUGGCACAGAUCAUUACCGACAUUCCUAUCAUUCUCUUCCAGGUCAGCGUCUUCUCCGUGGUUAUAUAUUUCUUGGUCGGGUUAAGAUCAUCUGCGGAGGCCUUUUUUACCUUUUGGUUCAUCAUCCUGUCGGCGACGAUGUGCUUAACGGCCUUCUUCAGAGCAGUCGGUGCUGGCUUCAAGACUUUCGACGACGCGAGCAAGUUUUCAGGCGUUUCUGUCACAGCCUUGCUACUGUACGUCGGGUAUAUGAUCACUAAACAUGACAUGCACCCCUGGUUUGUCUGGAUCUUCUGGAUCGAUCCCCUUGCAUAUGCUUAUGAUGCCUUGGUUUCCAACGAGCUUCAUAACACUACCAUCCCGUGCGUCGGGCCCAACCUUGUGCCAAACGGUCCUGGAUACGGCUCAACCGCGAACCAAGCAUGCACAGGAGUACGCGGUGCGCUCCCCGGCGCAACCGUGGUGAACGGCGAUCAGUACUUAGGGAGUCUCACCUACAGCCACUCGCAUGUGUGGCGCAACGUCGGCAUUGUAUGGGCCUGGUGGGCGCUGUAUGUAGUGCUGACGAUCAUUGCAACUUCCUUCUGGAAGGAUACCUCUGGCCAGAACGGGAUUUUGAUAGUCCCAAGGGAACUUGCCAAAAAGCCUGCAAUCCCAGGGGACCAGGAAGCUCAAGCUCAAACUAAUGGCGAGAUGACGGGGCAUUCCAGCCCACUGAGCAGCGGCACAGAGAAGGUGGAUCGCUCUUUAAUCCAGAACAAAUCUAUACUCACCUGGAGGAACUUGGCCUAUACGGUGGACACUGCGGACGGACCUCGUGUCCUGCUCAACAAUGUCCAUGGUUGGGUCAAGCCGGGCAUGCUGGGCGCCCUCAUGGGUGCUUCGGGGGCGGGCAAAACAACCUUGCAGGAUGUCCUAGCGCAACGUAAGACCGAGGGAACAAUCAAAGGAUAUACCCUGGUUGACGGCAGACCUCUUCCGCUUAGUUUUCAGAGGUCAGCAGGCUAUUGCGAACAGCUGGAUGUGCAUGAGCCAUUGACCACUGUUAGGGAAGCCCUGGAGUUCUCCGCCCUGAUACGACAGCCGCAGUCAACGCCCAGGGCUGAAAAACUGGCAUAUGUCGACACCAUCAUGGAUCUACUGGAAAUGCACGAUAAUAAGGACAGCCUCGUCGGCUACGCUGGUGGGAAUGGUCUCUCAGUGGAAGAAAGAAAGCGCUUAACCAUUGGAGUGGAACUCGUCGCGAAGCCCAGUGUCCUCAUCUUCCUGGAUGAGCCCACAUCAGGGCUUGAUGGGCAGGCUGCCUUUAAUAUUGUGCGAUUCCUCAAAAAGCUAGCUGCCGCCGGUCAGGCUAUCCCAGUUACUAUCCAUCAACCCAGUGCACAGCUCUUCUACGAGUUCGACACGUUGCUCCUCCUCGCACGUGGAGGAAAGACGGUCCGUUACAAUUCGGACUGUCCACCAGAAAAGAACCCCGCCGAGCAUAUGAUCGACGUUGUCUCCGAUCGGCGCAAGGACUGGCACCAAAUCUGGCUUGAAUCGCCUGAACACGAAGCCAUGUUGGCAGAGCUUGAUCGAAUCGUUAAGGAGGCAGCCUUACAACCAGCAAAUACCGGCAAUGACGACAGAGAAUUUGCGAUGCCCCUUAGGGAUCAAAUCGUUAUCGUCACCCUCCGCCUGGUCAAAUCCAUGUACCGCAAUGUUGGGUACGUUAACAAUAAAUUUGCGCUACACAUUAUCAUGGGCCUCUUCACCGGCUUCACCUACUGGCAGGUCGGCAACAGCGUCACCGAGCUACAGAUGCGCACGUUUGCCCUCUUCAACUUCAUCUUCGUCGCCCCUGGUGUCAUAGCCCAAUUACAACCUCUCUUCAUCGAGAAACGCAAGAUUUACGAUACCCGCGAGAAGAAGUCGCGCAUGUACAGCUGGAAAGCCUUCGUCACGGGCCUCGUCAUCUCUGAACUACCCUACCUGGUAAUCUGCGCCAUCCUGUUCUUCUUUUGCUUCUAUUAUACGGUUGGUUUCCCAGCCGAUUCAGAUAAAGCAGGUGCCGUCUUCUUUGUCAUGCUCAUGUAUGAAUUCCUCUACACCGGCAUCGGCCAGUUCAUUGCAGCAUACGCCCCAAACGCGACAGCCGCGGCCUUAAUCAACCCUCUCAUCAUUUUCACGUUGGUUGGCUUUUGCGGAGUCCUUGUGCCAUACUCACAGAUCACCUCCUUCUGGCGCUAUUGGCUGUAUUGGAUCAACCCGUUCAAUUACCUCAUCGGCUCCCUUCUUGUCUUCACCACGUUCGACAUGCAAGUCCAGUGCAGAGAUAGUGAGCUUGCAGUCUUCAAUCCCCCGGACAACCAAACCUGUGGUCAGUACUUGGCUGCGUACUCGCAGAAUCCGUUGGGGUCUGGUUCGAACCUGCUUAACCCGGAGGCUACUUCUGAUUGCCGAGUGUGCCAGUACAAGACCGGCAGCGAUUAUCUGCGCACUGUUAACCUUAACGAGUACUACUAUGGCUGGGGAGAUGCGGCGAUAGUCGUCAUCUACGUGAUUUCAAGCUAUGCUCUGGUGUUUCUCUUGAUGAAGUUGAGAACGAAGAAGAGCAAGAAGGUUGAGCAUUAGCUGUAUUCCUUGUCACAACACUUGGACGUUGCCGGCCGAUUCAACACGGUGGAUAUGGUAUUUGUCUGUUAUGCUGGUGGUGUGAUGCCAGCGUGGUUAUUGCCACUUGCAAUAUAGAUUAGGCUGGUUCUUAGAUGUACACCUAUUGUUAUUCGCUUCAUUGAAAAAUACACAGACUCAGGGCAA